AUGCCUCGCAAAAACCAUCAUAAUAAAACUCUAAAUAAACUUAAAGCAAAGCUUCGUUCAGACAAUAUAAAUGUUAGUGAAAUAAAUAAUGAUGUUAAAAAAUUAAUUAAAGAACGUAAAUCUUUCUUACUACGCAUGAGGCAGAGAAACGAGAUCUCCAAAGAAAAUUAUGAAUUAGAACACUCUAAUAUUAAGAAAUUAGAAGCUCAAUUUAAUUCACUAAUUUCCAAAAUUACACGAUUAGAAAAUGAUAUAGAUUUCUAUCAAGUUGAAAACAAUGAACUCAAAGAAAAAUUACAACUUUUUACCAACAGUUAUGAAGAUAAUAAAACAGAACUUGAAAGAUUAUUAUAA